AUGGCGGUAGCGCCUGGGACGCAGUCGCUGAAAUGCGUGGUGACGGGUGACGGAGCUGUCGGAAAGACUUGUCUUCUCAUAUCUUACACAACCAACGCCUUCCCCGGAGAAUAUAUACCUACGGUAUUUGACAAUUAUUCCGCGAGCGUCAUGGUAGACGGGAAACCGAUAAGUCUAGGUCUAUGGGAUACAGCAGGACAGGAAGAUUACGAUCGACUUCGCCCGCUUUCAUACCCGCAAACAGAUGUCUUCUUGAUUUGUUUUUCAAUAGUUAGUCCUCCGUCGUUCGACAACGUGAGGUCGAAAUGGUUUCCGGAAAUCGAGCACCACGCACCCAAUGUACCUAUCAUCUUAGUUGGAACAAAAUUGGAUUUAAGAGAUGAUGCUAAGACCAUCAAUGGCUUGCGGUCAAAACGAAUGGAACCGGUACCGUAUGAGCAAGCCCUCAACGCAGCCAAGGAGAUCAGGGCACACAAGUAUCUGGAAUGCUCCGCGUUGACACAACGCAAUUUGAAAAGCGUCUUUGAUGAAGCUAUCAGAGCUGUCUUGAAUCCUCGCCCUUUAGGCAAAACCAAGGAAAAGAAGAGCAAAUGCGCUAUAAUAUGA